AUGGCACAAUAUGAAGAUGAAGAGAACGAAUGCGUAGUAUACUACGACUUGGAUGCAGAAUCUCGUAGCCGAAGCUUAUUACGAACAUCUAAAGCUACUUCCAUCUCCGUGCAAUCUCCUGUUGAAGUAAUAGCAGCGACAAAAGGUGUUCGAGAGCUUAGUGGCCACCAAAUUUUUCCACGGCAGCAUACGCCUCUAUUUAAUCUCGACGAUAGUGAAGACGAAGCGACUGAAGGAAAGAACCCGUUCGAGUCACUUUUGCAACAACAGACACAAACGACGACAAAGUCCGUAGAACUGAUACAAGAAAAGGCUUCGAGUCGUGAGAUUGCUGAAAGAAGUCACGGUGUGUCGUUGGUGACAGCGGUCAAUGGCAUUGUAUUAAAUGAGAAGAUUGGACAAGAGGCAAUCAGUAAAGACAGCAAAACUUUCAAAAGUAGCUGCAAUGAAGAUAACUUGUACUCGACAUGGAAGCAUAGUCAGCAAGCUAAUGAACUAAAAGCUAUAGCGAAUACUAAGAGCACUAAGAAGUUGGGUUUCGAAGCAGCAGACUUACGGCCAGUGAGGUGGAGCACGAGAAAAGUAGCACCCUCAGACACCAAGAAUCGCCGCAAGUCAUUGAACGCGAUUUCAAAACGACGGUCGCAGCUGGAGACAUCGAUAGCUAAGAGACGCAAGUCAAUGCCAAUGAAUUUGUCAGAUUCACGGGUAGCACACAAUCAAGCGAGUCUAAACGAUAGACCGAAUGCCACAUGUUCUUUAUCUAAUGGACGACUCCUGUCAAAUGUAUUGCACCGCGCCACGCUGUUGUCACAACGACAGCAAACGGCUAGUGAUGAAACUUUACUGGCUCAGGGCAUAGAAGGAAAUUACAUGGAUGGUGGUGAUGCGAUCUUGGAUACUGAACAUCACAUGCAAGCUGAAGAGUUUGUGCCGCACGUUUUUUCUCCGGUUAAGCCCGCGUCGACAACUACUGCUCUCAGUCGGAAGCUGAAGGAUGAUGUAGUUGUCUCUAAGAUUCGCGGUGGGAUCGGUGAUGUAAUUCGUAAGGCAACUCGCAAGAGUAAUAGGGAGCUUACGCUGCUUCGAUCGCACAAGCAACAUCUUUUUCCGCAACAUGGCAAUCACUCCCCACGAAUGACUUUUCUUGGCUUAGUAGAGUCGAUCCAGAACCGUGCCUACAUUGAGAUCUGUCUGACAAGGUAUUGCGGGACAUUAUCACACUUUGCUGCGUACGAAUGUCAUGUCCAUCAAGUUACGGCCAAAUUGAAGAAGCCCACCGCGGAUGAACUCAAGGAGAAGCACUCGAUAGUGCUUGAAGCUCAGUUUCAUCCUCGAACGGCCGAAUAUCUCAAGCUAUCCCCCGGAAAACUGCUGAGAGUGUUCGAGCCGCUUCAUUUCUUGUUGGAGCACGUGGCAGCUGGUUCUGUCAGUAAGGUGAAGUGGUUUUUGGUCAGCACACAAUUAACUCAGGUUCUAGAAGGCAAUCAUCAAUGUGCUGAACGGCAUCUUUAG